AUGUUCUCUUUUCUUGGAAGCGAAUUUACCGACUUUUCGUUCCAGGAUAUGCCUGUACAGGCCAGCAUUUACAUUGUAAAUGUGGCUCUCAACUCCUUUAUUAUUCUGCUUGACAUUCUCGUCAUCUGGGCAGCUAUAAGAAGUCGUGAAAUCUGGCGCAUUUUUGUACUUCAUAUCAUAAUUACAGCAAUGGUGGUGGAUAUCGCUGCCUAUUUUAACGUUAUCCUUCAUGAUGUGCCAAGUUACGCACUCAACAGAGAUGUAUCUACACCAUUUUUAACAAAGUACUGUGGUUACGAUUACAUUCUUGAAAGCAACUAUUGGUAUUUUAAUUAUGAGAAACCUUAUACCCACUUAUAUGCUAAGAUAAAUAUUGUUUGCCAGGCAGUUUGUGUUGUGGUCGUUGUGAUAAGCGAUUCGCUUAUUGUUUGGAAGAUCUUUAGCUUACAUACCUCUUACAACAAAACGCGUGUUGUGACAAUUUCCGUAUCUGACAAGGCGCCAGAAAGAAGUAAAAAGGAGUACAGCUAUAACCGCAAACGAGAAUCUCGGCUUGCGUUGAACUUUGUAUUAUCAAAUGUUUGUUUUCUGAUCAUGACCGUAUGCUUCAACAUUGUUUUGGGGGAGUAUAGCUAUAACCGCAAACGAGAAUCUCGGCUUGCGUUGAACUUUGUAUUAUCAAACGUUUGUUUUCUGAUCAUGACCGUAUGCUUCAACAUUGUUUUGGGG